UGUGUCUAUACCCCGCUCCACCCAGACUGGUCUUUCCCAGCUACGAGCACCCAUCCCGAGCUUGACGAAAUACCAAUUAAACUCUACACAUUAACGGUAUCGCACGGGGUGAUCCUCCUACCGGGACCCCAUAAAUCAGACACCAGUCAAACAGCGCCAUCGAGGGACAGACCCGUCAGCCGCGUGUGAGACCGCGCCACCGAAACCGAGCCCGAAAUUCAGGCGAAUCUCCGGAUCAAGCGACCCACUUGAACCGAAGGACGUAGAAGCUUCCGGACAAUGGGGUGAUGCUCCAUCCACCCAGGACAUCCUUUUCCUUUUUUUUUAUCAGCCAUUUUCCUUUUUUCGAGUCACUUUUUUGUGUUCCCGUCUCUCUUCGCACACAAUCAAACACAGCAGCAGCACCCGAGUUCGAUUUCCCGUCUCGGUGACCCAUCAUUAAUUACUGUCCCCGUCAAUUCACCUUCCAACCCCCUGCUCGCACCAUGCUUUUGCUAUACACACCCGCACAACCCGGCAAAAGAGCAGUCACACCAGACGGGACCAACUCGGUGGCAUUGGCAAUUAAUGAUUUUAUGAGCCCAAAACAAAGCCAAAGCCCUUGCCAACACGGUGCGUGCGCGUGUGUGUGUGUUUGCUAUCGGAGCAGGCUCAUAAAAUCCCAUAUCACACCAGCGCCCCUCCCAGCCUCAGGUUGCUGGCCAGCCCUGGGAAGCUUUCAUCUAACGGGCGAUUAUCUUGAUCCGGUAGGCCUCGCCGCUCGCCUUAACUGGACCCGGUAGCGAGCGAAAGGCAUCAAUUGAACGGUUUGUGGCGUGCCGUAAACAACAAGUGUCGAUUGUCAGCCACCCCGACAGUCCUCUCGAUUCUCUCUCCAUACCUCCCUCUCGUCAUAGAAGUGUUCGCAUUUCCAUUGUGUGCCGGUGAAACUAAAAGUCAAUUAGUGUAGUUUCCGAAGAUUGUUGCUCCUUUCCUUGGGACGCGAACAAGAAACCCGUUCAUGCGUGUGCGUGCGUGUGUGUGUGUGUGUGUGUGUGUGUGUGUCAAUUAUCGAAUCCUUUGCUUCCUCGCUUUAUGAGCCGACUCUUGUGUGACUUUUGUGUGUGUAAUUAAUACGAGCACUUCACCAGCCUCUGGCAGAGGCUUCGGUUACGGUUGGAGGAAGAAAGUUUUCCACCCUCCUUUCCGACACAAAAGACGUUUACACGUUUGGGUCUGCGAAGACGCACACCAUUAAUCGCUCAUUAUCCUUCCGAGAAAAAGGGGUUGCGAGAAACAGGAUUUCCCUCCAGAAAAGUGCAUCCAAGACAUAGUGGUGUGUGUGUGAGCCGACAAAUCUGAAGCAAUGUUGCGGCACAGCCAACGAGCACGCAAACGCAACCAAGUGGCCGGCCUGCCGGGCAUUGCGGGCAUCCUGUUGAUCGUCGUAGGAUUAGUGGGGAAACUUUGCACCGCAAAUGCGGCCACCACCGUCCACUACCAGCGACAUGCUGCACCACCAGCCAAAUCGACGGCCACGCCCGCCCAACAGUACUUCGAUGCCGUUGCACCGGAAGAUCGAGAAAACUUCAUCAAAUACCAUCUGGACAGGGCACUGGAGGAGCGUUUACCCCGCCACACGAGCAGCAUACCGAAGGACUUUGAGUUCGUUGCCUUCCAGCCCAGCGUAAGUGAAAAUCAUCUGGAGCUGGUGGAAGAACCGAACAGCACGAAGCUAUUAUCACCCGCUGCUGCCGUUGUCGUCACUGGCCCAUCGUUCAUUAGAUAUUCGAUCGUUUGCUACCGGUCCGGAUGCAUCGACACGAGUGACAUCGGUAACAUCUGCUGCCCUUUCUGAAUGGACACUCACACUCCCUUCUGCUGGGCGGUCGGACAUGAUGCCAAAAAUAACAUUCCAGCAAGCUAACCUACCCAUCGAUUCUCAUAAAUGCACAUGGCAAAAGAUGCCCCGCUUUGCAUCAUACAUACUGUUUCAUGCUUCCGGUGGUAGCUGCAUUGCCGCUGUAAAUCCCAGCAAUAUCUCUAAACAGAACCUUUG